AUGGAUGAUCACACCGUGACCCUUGAGCCCCAAUUUCUGCCAGAUACUUACUAUUAUAUACACUAUACCACUGGAUAGUACACACUUAUCAGUCACCUCCGCCCUUGACUCAUUGACCGUGUCAGUUGGUCAUCCUACAAGACCUUUCUUUUUCUUGGCGUUUCCCUAUAUCAGCAUAACACUCCAUCGUGACCCCUAUCUGCCACACCACUAUUCAACAGCAUUAUGUCGACCUCACGUAACGGCGAGAGACAUGGCAAGCAAAAGUCUCGCGACACAACCCCAGAGAGCUAUCUUGGGAGCUCGCCAGACAGAGGCGACUCCCAUGUUAUCCAGCAAUAUCAGCCACAAAGACUUCAACAACAGCAGCAAUCGGUUCAAGGGACAACAAGAGGCAGUCGCAGUGGCGCUCUUGCCGUUAGGCUCGAUAUGGACUUGGAUAUCGACUUGCAACUGAGGGCAAAGAUAAAGGGAGACGUCACACUUUCUAUACUGGAAGGAGACCAGUAAUGAUUCUCGACAGUGACUCGGAAAGAUGACUUGAAAUCAAUAUUUCAAUUUGUUAGCCUGCACAUAGUUGUGUUUUCUAGUCUCAGUAUGCUUCUUGCGUUCCAGUAUCAACUGUUGUCAUCACAGUCAACUAUCAGGUGAUACCUCCAUCAACAACGCAUGUGGCACCGCAAGUCCGUGAGCAGGCAGCUACUCGCCA